CACGCCCCAGCCAGCUUCUUGCCUUAUUCUCCGUUUGGUGUCUCCCCUUGGUGCAGACUCUGCAAGAAUCAGGCAGUGAGGGACGAAGGGAGCUGGGCGACGGUGAUCUGUGACAAACACCAGGGGCCACGGGGCAGGAAAACGCAGUGUGGGUGCUGGAAGGGGUGGCUGAGAGCUGGUCCGGCGCACGACACGACCCCAUUCUGUCGCGUUUGCCAUGUCCAGAGCACUGCUUCCGGCAGCACCAGCUCAAACUCUAGCACCACCCUACUGCAGCGCACGGCAACCAUGACUGCCGCCCGCUCGUCCCCUGCUUUUCACCCUUCCAUCGGCUUGCCUGGCCAGGCAGUCACCUACGUUCCAAAUGACAUCUCCGCUUGGCACCAUUCGCGCGGCGCAGCGCAUUCUAGCGAUGCCGUCGAGCCAGGCACCGACAGACAAGCGCUAGGGAUCCGCGAGGAGCCUAUUACCAGCGUUGAUUCUGGCUCCAGUAUUUAUAUCACGGUCACCGUCCCACCAGCGUCGAUACACUCCAUCUUUGCACAUCGACAGUGGCGGGCGGGCAUGAUCCUUGCCGACUUGAUCUACUCAUCCAGCACCCGAGAGUCAGGGGACGAUGAAAUGUAUGCAAAACCAGGCCUCCUGGAUGUUUCCGGGAAGCAUGUACUGGAGCUCGGUGCCGGAACCGCUUUGCCGGGAAUCGUCGCAGCCCGUACCGAAGCGAGGGCCCAGCAGGUAGUUAUUUCGGACUACGAUGAAGAGGCUCUCAUCAUGAGGCUUAAAGCUAAUGUCAAAGCCAACGUGCCUCCAGCGCCCGCGGGUUCCCGCUCUCAUGUCACUGCAACAGGGCAUAUUUGGGGCCAGGAUGUAUCUGAGCUUCUCGACCUCAUACCGGAACCAUAUCGCCUUCAAGAAGCGCUGUAUGCUGCGAAAUUCCCACAACAGCUGCGCUUUACGACCAUCCUCCUCGCCGACUGUCUUUGGGACAGCUUGUCGCACACCGCGCUGCUGCGCACGAUAACGCGCACGCUAGAGCGCUCGGCACAUGCUCGGGUAUACGUUGUCAGUGGCCUUCACACGGGCCGCGAAACGCUCGUGUCGUUCAUCCGGCGCGCACGGAGGGAAGGAAUCGUGCUGAAAAAGUGGCUGGACAUCGAGGAAGAGCAAUUGGCGGGUGAGGAGGCCCCUGCGCCGCAGGAGAAGGAUCAGACGAGACGGGCCAGGCUUGUCAGGUCUAAUGACCCAGACGACGCAGACGCAGGAGAGGAAGGUUGGGAGGCGUACCUGCUAGAAGUGCAGCUUGCGCUCGACGAAGAAGAUCACGGUGAAGGUGGUGAUACUCCCUCUACCUCACAAGAGGCGGGAUCGACGUCGGACUCAACGGUACCAGCGCUACUAGCCGUCGGCAGCCGCAUCGAUCCGCUUGUCACGCGCCCCUUCAGCUCGGUCGAGCGACCAGAGGAGCGAAAAGAGAUCGGCGGCGUGCAGCCGAGAAAUCGCUGGAUCACCCUGUGGAGCCUUGGAUGGAGUUCAAGCGCACUCGAUGGUUAAACAGCUGUCGGACUGAAACCAGAUACCCUUGACCUUGAAGGUUCAUGUUUCAAGCAAGGAUAGAAUCAAUUAGCGACUUUUUCAUUCAUCUAAUAUGACUAAGGCCCCUUCCAAGGUCUCCACCAUUUCUG